AUGAUCGGAAGAAGGUCUGAAAAUCCCUUGAUCCGACUGCUGUCAAGCUCCUUUUAUAGCUCCAGAAUCAGCUACGAUCCACCUCCGCUGCCGACCUGGUCCUUGAUCGAGCUGGAGCUCGUCUUUACGUCGACCGGAAUAGCUCGGAUGGCAGUUAACUGGCUUACGAGGGAGUCGCUUGGUGGGCUCGAGGUCUUCUUGCUGGGCUUGAGUGGGCCUGGACUUCAAUCUUGGAUCAAGAUUCGAAAUGAUUAUGUUUUCGAAUCGGACGGUUCAGAUCGAGGAGAGCGAAGAGUCCGUGCGGCUGAGAUCUUUUGGGACCCACAGCGCGUCACAUCAUCAGCUCGUCGCAUGCAAGCGGUUAAGAUCUGUUGUUUCGAUUUCGAAUUUCUCCAAAAACUCUUUCAACCUCUUUUUCCUCCGUCUCCUCCGACUACAUGCCUCCGAAGAAUCGUCAAGCAAGAGAAGGGAAAGGCCGUCGACCUCGGCGGUGACGGGAAGUUCACGCCGCACGCCGAGACGACGCUCGACGCCGAAAGCCUCGACACUUCCGGCAGGAUUUCGGGAUCCCGGAUGGAUCGAACUCGUUCUCCGGCUGAGGGAGAGGACCCGGAGCAUGUUCGUCCGGGGUUUUGCUGCGCCUAUACGUCGUAUUGGCGGAGCGCCGGGAUGAUUUUCCCGGUCCCUCGUUUUCUGAUGGAAGCGCUCGCUCAUUAA